CUCAUUUGCUGUAAUUAUUAUAAAAUAGACAGAAUGUUAUCAAGAUAUCGGAAAAGUGAUAGAAAGCAAUUCACUUGGGAGCAAAUGACAAAGGCCAAAGAACAUAUUGCUGCAGGCUACAGCAUAAAAGCAACAGCUCGAUUCGUGGGGGUAUGCGAAGCAACAUUAAGAAAGAGAUUAAAAGAAGAGACAACAUCAUUAAAUUUAGGCAGGUUCAAAUCAAGCUUUUCUACAAAAGAUGAGAAAGCUUUGGUAAAAUUGGUCAAAAUCAUAGAUGAUACAUUUUAUGGAGUGUCAAGAAAACAGUUAAUGGCAAUAGUGUAUCAAUAUGCUGAACAUAAAAAUAUUUUCCAUAAUUUUAACCAUGAAAAAAAGAUGGUAGGAGAAAAAUGGAUUAGAGAUUUUUCUGUGAAAUAUAGAUUAACUUUACAACGUCCAGAGAAGUUUUCAGGAGAUUCUAGAAGAAAAUCCUGA